GGAACACAGUUUGUGGUCCUUAAGGUCCUUGCAGUUGCCAUUACAAAGUGCAGUCAUGUUUCGGACUUUGAGUAUAACAAAAGUUUCAUUGAGUUUACUACGUUGCGGCUUUUACUAUGCUAAUUUGUUGGGUGUAGUCAAUUUUAAUGUUAGAAGAAAUCGACAAGGUCAUUUGACUGCCUUUAAUAGUUAUUGGCUAAAAUCUUAUUGUCUUAUCUGUCGUUUAAUUGCAAUUUUAUGCUUUUGCUAUGCUUAUACGCGUUAUAUAUUGAGUUUUGAGGACUUUUAUAGUCGAGUGUUUUAUAUUAUAAGAUUUUCGGGUUUAAUACUUUGUAAUUUAUGCAUUUUGUUAAUGCAAAUUGUCCAUGGCCAGCAAAUUUGUGAAUUAACCAAUAGAUUUCUAAAGAUAUUCGAACGUAUACGACUGCUUACGAAUAAAAGUCAAAGGAUUUGCUAUGGCCACGUCUUGGAGUUGGUCUCAAUGCUAAUGAAGAUUGCCUUCUUGGCCUAUGAAGUGUUUGGUGUGUUUUAUCUAGUGCAAAAGGAGAAGCAUAUGACUCCCAUGUGUUUGUGGAGUAAUGCCUUCUUGGUGACAUCAGCUUGCAUGCUGUUGCAUAUCUCAUUCAUUGGUUACCUUAGCGUGGGAGUUCUCUACAAUGAGAUUAAUAAGUAUGUGCAAUUUGACUUGCGUUCGCGUCUCCACUUGGCCAGGAAGCAACCCCAAGCCUAUCGACGCGUUUUAAGGAAUGUGAAUCGUUGCCUAAACGAGAGUGUGGACAUCUAUGAAGAGAUCCAGCUUGCGGCCAAUCAAUUUCAACGACUUUUCGAUCUUUCAACCUUUCUGGCAUUAGUGUAUUUCGGUCUUUUAAUUGUGACACGCUCCUAUGAGAUCACAAGAUUAAGAUUUGAGCAAUUUCUAAAAUCUACCAUUGUCACAAAAAGCCUGUUAGAUGUAAUACUCAUUUGUUUGGCCAUUCAGGCAGCUGUAAAUGGAUCACAAAGGGUGCAACAAAUGAGUUUGGAGAACUAUAAUGUUAUAGAGUGCCGAACUUGGGAUAAGAAGAUGGAAAUGUUUCUAAGUCGCCUGAAAUUAUAUGAAUUGCAUGUACGACCAUUGGGACUCUUUGAAAUGUCCAAUGAAUUCAUAUUGUUUAUUUUGUCCAGUUUGCUUACCUAUUUAACUUAUUUAAUUGCUUUGUAG